UAUAUAAACACCACCUCAUCCAGAGCUCACACCAGAAGCUCUCGAAGCUUAUAGCUCACCGGAUCUCUCUUCUUCUCCAACGAGGUCGAUCGGUCGAUCAGACUAAGCAAGAGGGAUUAGUUGCAAUGAGGCCGGCUGGGGCAGCCGACAUGGCGAUGGGCGGGAUUGGAGGCGGGGGAGCGAUGGCGUCGACGUCGACGUCGUCGGUGCCGGUGCCGGCGGCGGUGCAGCCGCCGCCGUUCUGGUCGACGCCGACGCCGUACCUGUUUAUCGGGUUCGGGGUGGUGAUGGCGCUCAUCGCCGUGGCGCUGGCCGUGCUGCUGUGCUCGCGGCGGAAGGAGGGGAGGAGCUACGGCGACGAGGAGGGGGGCGCCGCCGUCCCGCCGGGGAUGAUGUCGGUGCGCGUGCUGGCGCCGCUGGACAGGGAGGCGGCGCCCAGGGUGGUGGUCGUCAUGGCCGGCGACGACUCCCCGUCGUUCCUCGCCAGCGCCACCCCGCUCGCCUUCGCCGCCGCCACGAAGGUGGCCCCGCCGCAGCCGCAGCCGUGACGUACGCACGCCGGCGCCGCCACCGUAGCUCGCUAUCUCCCGCGCGCGCGCCAUGCAUGGCCAUGCAUAUACGCAUGCGUCAUCUCGUGUGCACAAGCUAAUAGGGAUCAAAUGAGCUAACGAUUUUGUCACAAAUUAAUUUUGUCCUUUUUGCCCUCCUUUUAUCUCGCUGGUUAAUUAAUUAAUUUGCAUCCAGAGCUGCAAAUUAAUAUGCUAAUCUUGUUACAUAAGCUCCAGGAUUAAUUAAACGAAUCUAUUUGUAAUUAGUUACUUUGGA